GCGGGACGCGGCGCCUCGGCCAGAGCGCGGCUUAGCUACCAGCGAGACCCUCUCCUCCUGGUUUUCGCUACUGCGCUUCUGAAUCUACAAGCCAAAAAAUUGGAACUUGGAUUUAGCUGAAUUGUAAAUAAAAAGAUCUUUUACACUCUAGCAAAAUGGCUGAUAGUCCAAACUGUGAUUUGAAAUCCCUGAGUCCACUUCAGCUGUUUGAAAGAGUAACUGAACAAGGAGAGAAAGUCAGAGCACUGAAAGCAGGAAAAGCACCAAAGGAUGAAAUAGAUGCAGCAGUGAGGAUGCUGUUAUCGUUAAAGCUGUCAUAUAAAACAACAACAGGACAAGAUUAUCAGGCAGGCUUACCUCCAACAGACCUCGCAUUAAUAAACAAUGGUACAACUAAAGAAGAGGAUGAGGAUUUUGUGGACCCCUGGACAGUGCAGACCUCAAAUGCUAAAGGCGUGGAUUAUGACAAACUCAUAGUUCGGUUUGGCAGCACUAAAAUUGACACAGAUCUGAUCAAUCGAAUAGAAAGAGCUAUUGGGCAAAAACCUCACCGCUUUCUACGUAGAGGAAUCUUUUUUUCUCACAGGGAUAUGGACCAAAUCCUUCAUGCUUACGAAAAUAAGAAGUCCUUUUACCUUUAUACAGGCAGAGGGCCGUCCUCUCAGGCAAUGCAUGUUGGUCAUCUUAUCCCGUUUAUAUUCACAAAGUGGCUGCAAGAAGUAUUUGAUGUUCCCUUAGUUAUACAGUUAACUGAUGAUGAGAAGUACCUCUGGAAGGAUCUGACAACUGAGAAGGCAUAUGAAUAUGCUAAAGAAAAUGCAAAAGAUAUCAUUGCAUGUGGUUUUGACGUCAAUAAAACCUUUAUCUUUUCUGAUUUAGACUACUUGGGGUCAAGUACGGGAUUCUACAGAAACAUCGUCAAAGUCCAGAAGCAUGUUACAUUUAACCAAGUGAAAGGAAUCUUUGGCUUUACAGACAGUGAUUGCAUUGGUAAGAUCAGUUUUCCUGCUAUUCAAGCUGCUCCAUCCUUCAGUUCAUCAUUUCCACAGAUCUUCAAUGGCAAGGAAGACUUACAGUGUCUUAUUCCAUGUGCUAUUGAUCAGGAUCCUUAUUUCAGAAUGACCCGAGAUGUAGCACCUAGAAUUGGAUAUCCUAAACCAGCCUUACUACACUCAGUCUUCUUCCCAGCCUUGCAAGGAGCACAGACAAAAAUGAGUGCUAGUGACCCCAACUCCUCUAUCUUCCUCACUGAUACACCCAAACAAAUCAAGACAAAGAUAAACAAGCAUGCCUUCUCGGGAGGCAGAGAUACUAUUGAAGAGCACAGGAAGUAUGGAGGUAACUGUGAUGUCGAUGUGUCUUUUAUGUACCUGACUUUCUUCCUCGAAGAUGAUGACAGGCUUGAACAACUGAAGCAGGCAUAUACAAGUGGGGAAUUGCUCACGGGGGAGCUGAAGAAGGUGCUUAUUGAAACAUUGCAGCCCAUGAUAGCAGCUCAUCAAGAGAGACGGAAGCAGGUCACAGAUGAAGUGGUGAAGCAAUUUAUGACUCCACGGAAGCUAGCUUUUGAAUUUUGAAGUAAUGCUUAUGUAACUUAUCAUUUGAUGAACCAAAAUUGAUUAACUGUUGUCUUCUGUUGUAUAUGAUCAUUCCCUAGUUAGGUACAGCCUGCAAUCACUGCUUUAUAAAUAUUGCGCUUAGUGAGUUACUUCCUAUGAACAUCAGAGUACAUGAAAAAUUGAAAAUUGGACUCAUAUCUAUUUAAAAUCAAAGUGUGUUAAUAAAGGCAUUGAAUCUGUACAAGACAAGGCCCAAUCUUGCAGUGAGGCAUGUCUGUCAGCACAAGACUGUAUUUUAUUGUAUUUCAUGUUGAAAAUAUAAAUAAAAAUGCCAUUUUAAUGAUGAAGUCUAACUUGUAAAUUGUUGUAGAUAUGUUGUUAAGAGGUUGUAUCUCAAACUAAUAACUGGUAGCUCCAUUGUUUUUUGUGUAGCUUGAUUUACUAGACUAUGUGUCCUUUGGAGCUACUGGGAGCAUGCUGCACACACAGAGAAAGUGGAUGUUACAAAGCAGAUUACACAGUAACUUAGGUCUUGGAUCAAUGUAAAAGGAAUAGAGAUCUGUGAACUGAGCAUGGGAGAAAGAAAAUCAGGUUGGUUUUGCAAUCCUCUUCCUCUUUGACCUGGGGCAAGUCACAGAAGUUUCACUGGAUUUCUGUUUCUGCAGCUAUUUAACUGGUCUGAAUGCCUCUGAAGGGAAGAGGCAGUCACAAGGUUAUAAAGUCCCUUGAUAUUCUCAAGUGGAAGAUAUUAGAGAAAUGCAAAUUUUAGUUAUGAAAAUACUAAAUGCUGAAUCAUACUGUGAAUAUGAAGUUGCUGCUGGACGCAGGGAUACUUACAGUGCUGCCCUGUCCUGUUCUUCUGCACCAGGUCAAGAUAGGGGUACUUACAUUUUAAGAUGUAUUUAAGAAAGAAAAUACACUUUGUUAAAAUACCUCAUGUAAUAUCUCAGUAUCUCCUUUCUUAAAAUGAACUUUAAUGUCUGCUAUGAUUUAUGAAAAAAAUCAAAUAAUUUGCUAAUUUGUUUCUGUAUGUACAGUGCUGAAUGGAAACUAUUAGAUCUGUCUUCUCUUUAUAUAGAACAUACAGUUGCUAGCCCAGACAGCCUUAUCUAAAUCAAAUAAACAUACCUUUGAUAAUACAGGUGGGUAUUGAUGCAUGGUAUUUGCAAAUCAUUUAAAACAUAAGGCACUUGAAUAAGGUGUGAAAGAUUUAAAAUUCAUCAGGUUCUGUAGUGUGGGGUCUAGUAGACAUUUAGUGAUUUCUGCAUUUACUUUUUUUUAAUAAAAAAAUAAAACAAACACUUCAGUCUGUAAACCCUUGAAGUCAGCUGAUUACACUUGAGUUGAGGGAAAAGUUUCACUGAUUCGGGAGACCUUGCAUCAGCCUGUUAGCACAUGAGAAUGUGUUGGAUUAUUUGCCCUGCCUGGGGCUGGUGCUGCCCCCUUCCUAGCUGUAGCAGUUCUGCAACACAAUGUACACAUCCUCCCCAAAAAUGACCUGCAUUUCUGAGGUGGAAAUGCAUGCUGUUUAUUAAGUAGCACUGCUAGUGUUAUCAUCAUAUUUGUGCAAGGGACUGAGGGGAGACAGAAACGCAAAGCAAGCUUAGUCCUACUGCAUGUGUUCCAAAUGUGUGCUGGAAAGAUCAAUGCCUAGGUUUUGUCUUUUUCAUUACAGUUUACGUGACCUGGUAUCACUAAUCUAAUGUCAUGAACUUUAAAAUAUUAAAGUAAAUGUUUACCAGUGACUGCCUCUCUAUAACCCAUGGGUACAGUAUCUUAGUGCUGACAAGUGUUUAACAAUCAAUAGAAAAGCAUUUUUUAAAGUGAUUGUGUAGAAAAGAAAAAUAGCUUCUUAAAUACAGUAGCAAAUAAACUAAUCUGUGGUAACUGUAGACUUCAGUGAUGACCUUCCUAUUCUCGCAGUCUGCUCUUUGCUGUUUUUAAGCUAUGCAUAGAAGAUAAAACUUAAAGUGACUUUUUAUGGGCUUUUAUAAAGUCAUAAUGCAGAUUUCUUCCUGAAAACAUUAUAUGCAGAACUGUCCUGCAAGAUUUAUUUCAUUAACUAAAAAUUUAGUUACUCAGGAAGGGGAAGUACACUGUAGGAGAAAUAGUAGUGUGUUCUAUUCUAAUUAGGUAUAUGGAUUAAUUUUAUAACACAGCAGUUAAAAUCUGUCCUGAAAGUUUUGGAAUGGAAAGUGCAAAAUUAAUACUUGUUUACUGAGCAAACAAUGUGCUUACAAAAUGUGCUUCUGAAAUGACAGUUUCUCAGAGGAGUCUUGGUAAGUUCCUAAAUCUGCUGCAAUUAUAAUUAACGUCCCAGAGGUAUUUAAAGGUUAAGACAAGGCAGUCUUCAAACACAUGGGUGAAAUGUCUAAUGGCGUUAUCAGGCAACGUUCAUUACAUUUUCCUCAACUUGUAAUACUUCGUUUAUCUCACUGUAAUAAAAAUGUAGAUAAAAAAGUCUGUAUCAAA